AUGCCCUUAUUGUCUCCUUGUAGUCUUGCGUGUCUACCUAGGGACAGGCCUACAGAGGAGACAGCAACAGAGGAUAAGGAGGAGACAGGGGAUAAGGAGGAUAUAACAAUAGGGGAUAAGGAGGAGACAGGGGAUAAUAAGGACACAGGUAAUAAGGAGAAAAAGGAUUAUACACCAUGGGGUAUAUAUGAUUGUUAUAUAGCAGAUAAGGAAGGAGACAGAAUUAUACAUAUAGAGAUAAAUGCACAAAAAAAAGUCUCCUCUUUUAUUAAGGAAAUUAUUUAUGCAGGACAAGAAGGAAAAAAUAGAUUAAAUAAACCUAUACAUAUUGUUGCAUUCAAGUAUAAGGGACAAACUCUCCUUUUUGUUGUACAGGAAGGGAAGGUAACAAUAGACUUAAUAGUACCUACAGGGGAAGGAGAGGCAGACUAUCAUAGCUCAACAGAGGAGACAGCAGGAUUAAGAUUAGGUUCCCCUACCUCUGCAUUCUUAGUAGAGGAAGUACAUCACAAGAACAAUGUAUAUGUGCUAAAGGAUAUCAUCUUGAUGAACAAAAUCCUCAACAAGGAUGUGUACCUUGUCCUCCAGGAUACUGUCUCCAACACGGGGUGUCUAGGCACCCGUUGCCCAGCUAAUUCCUCUACUACUGUUGUAGGUGCAACAACAGCAGAAGAACGUAAAUGUGCAUGCAACCCUGGUUAUAUAUAUAGUAAGGAAUUAGAUUCAUGUAUAUUAGCAGGAGAAGGGACAUUUUCUCCUGGUGGUUAUAAGGCAGUAGCCUUACCUGAAUAUGCAGGUAUAGGGGACGAACAAGUAUGUGUCCCUUGUGGGUAUAAUCGUUAUAAGGAGACAGUAUCUGCAGAUAAAUGUCUCCCUUGUCCUCCUAAUUCUUAUUCAAGUUCUUAUUCCCCUACUAGUAAGAAGGACUGUGACCUCUGUCUCCCUGGAUUCUAUGAGACAGAGAGCGAAGAAUAUCUAUGCGGACAGUGUCCCCCUGAUUAUAUCUGUGUAGGCAGCCAGCCUCCUGUUGCUUCUCUUGUUGUUUAUGCUGGUAUUAAGAAACCAUGCCCUGAACAUUCUAAUACAUUAGAGGGACGUGUACAAAAUGAUCAUCCUUAUAAGUGUUUGUAA